UUUUUUGAAAAAUUAGAUUUUCACUUAAAACCUCCAUUUCCCUCAAAAUCUUCGUAAAAAAUGAAAAACUCCCUUCCUCAUCACACAAGCUCUCCAAAUCUCCAAACCACCACCUCUACUCUUCCCAUAAAAGCCUGAAUUUCCCCUACCGAAGAAGAGAGGACCAAGGCUGACCACGACGAAGCCCCUGACGAAACUAACCUAGAAGACCUUCAAGCCCAAGCUCCCUUACGAAUCAAUUACAUCAGAAAACGAGAAUGGAAGGCAGCCCAGAAAUUCCAAAUGGAAGCUAUGGUACAGAUGCAUAGUCAUUUUUACGAAAACCAGAGAGAACAAUUCCACGCUUUGAGAGAGACGAGUAAUAUCCUUUUUGUCAGGAAAUUUAACAACUGGUGUAAGAGUGUCCUGAUCAAUGAGACCUGUAAGACCAAAGGCCGCUUCCUUAGCGCUCUAGAUAUCUGCUGUGGCAAAGGCGGGGAUUUACAGAAAUGGGCCAAGAACCGAGUUACUCAUUAUGUUGGAGUUGAUCUCUCUGAUAACUCAGUGAGAAAUGCUUGAGAAAGGUUUAAAAGAAUGAAGAUUAAAGGAAGAUUCCCCUUUCAUGGGAUUUUUAUGGUCAAUGAUGUGGGAAACAAGAGCAAUUCCUUCCUAAAACAUCUUGACAAAAGAGUCAGGUUUGAUAUAGCUAGCUGACAGAUGAGCAUGCACUAUCUCUGUGAAUCUGAAAGUACAGCCAGGACUUUCCUCAAUAAUGUAUCUUCCCGUUUGGUCCCUGGGGGCCUUUUCUGAGGUACCACCCUCGAUGCUGAUGUGCUUAUUAGAAGACUAAGAAAGCAAGGAUUAAAUAAAAAGAAUGAGACUGAAAAAUAUACAUUUGGAAACCAGUUUUAUAGCGCUAAAUUUAUGCAUAGAGAUUUCCCUAGGAAAAGAGCAUUUGGCAUUAAAUACCUGUUCUACCUAGAGGAUGGAGUUGGCCAUAAGAGAAUUGAUAACUCCAUCGAGUAUGUUCCAGAAUAUUUAGUCAUUUUUAAGAAAUUUAUAGAGCUUGCAAAAGAGUAUGAUUUAGAGUUGGUCAAGAGAGAGAACUUUCAUGAUUUCUAUGAGAAUUACAUCAAGAACAAAAAGCAUAAGGAUCUGUUUGACAGAAUAGUAAAACCUCAUCAAUUCUCAUCAACGAUGACUAAGGAAAUUUUAGAAGCUCAAUGGGAGAUCUGCAAUUUAUAUCAGGCAUUCACUUUUAGAAAGAUUGAAGGCAAGAAGUCCAAGAAUAAAGUGAAGGGAACACAAGGAAAAUGUGGAAGAGAGCGUGAAGACAGAUUUGUGUUCAUUGAUACCAACAAAUAGCUCCUAAUU